CGUGGCUUCGGUUUGAUUGACAUGUUGUUGUGAUCGCAGACCGGUUUGUCCCGGCUGGUCGCUGCCACAGAGAUGUGGCCCUUAGGACCCGGGGCCCCGGGAUGCCAGCGGGCAGGCAGUGCGGGUCGUGACCGGGAUGGUGCGGAGUGUAAUUUGUCACCUAGAAGAGGGGAAAUCUGAGUCCCGGACAGACUCCAGCUCCCCCUUUCAUCCCCCCAUUUUCCACCCAGGACAGAAAUGGCUGCGGAGGAGUCUUCCUCGCCCGCGUCUGGGAUCACCCCAUUCCAGCAGAUCCUGGCGUCUGGAACCGGCGCUCUGCUCACCUCGCUUUUUGUGACCCCUUUGGACGUAGUAAAGAUCAGACUGCAGGCGCAGAGGAAGCCGCUGUCCGGAGUUUUGUCUGUAAAGUCUCUUCCCUGGGCACCCCCCAUGCGUCACCCCAAAUGGCGCUGCUUCCUCUAUUGUAACGGGCUGAUGGACCAUCUGUUCGUGUGCCAGCAUGCCACCGUCUGCAGUUCCUGGUACCGGGCUCCCACUCACUUCAGCGGAACUCUGGAUGCUUUUGUGAAGAUCACACGCCAUGAGGGGCUGACAUCCCUUUGGAGUGGGCUGCCCCCUACAUUGGUGAUGGCUGUACCUGCCACCAUUAUAUACUUCACUUGUUACGACCGGCUCAGAGAUUUCCUGCGCUAUGAUCUCGGAUACAGCGGAAGCCACAUUCCUCUCGUUGCCGGAGCCCUCGCUCGAUUGGGGGCAGUCACAGUCAUCAGUCCUCUGGAGUUGAUCCGCACGAAGAUGCAGUCCCGACAGCUCUCUUACAUGGAGCUGGGGGCCUGUCUACGUUCAUCCGUCUCCCAGGAUGGCUGGCUGUCUCUGUGGAAGGGAUGGGGACCAACAGUGCUGAGAGACGUUCCAUUCUCGGCUCUUUACUGGUUUAAUUACGAGCUGGUGAAGCGCAGGCUGAGUACGUCCCAGGAACUCGCCGAGUCUCCGUUCCUGAUCAGCUUCACGGCGGGAGCCGUGUCCGGGGCGGUGGCAGCGAUCCUCACUCUUCCCUUUGACGUGGUGAAAACCCAGAGGCAGAUAGAGCUGGGAGACGUGGAGACAACUCAUGGUUCAUCUAAGAAAUCUAAGAGAACUUCCACGUGGGGAGCCAUGCGCAGGAUCCGAGCAGAAUCCGGAACAAGAGGUCUUUUUGCAGGUUUCAUGCCCCGUGUUAUUAAAGUGGCCCCGGCGUGUGCCAUCAUGAUAAGCUCGUACGAAUUUGGGAAGAACUUCUUUCAGCAGCGGAAUCAAGAAAAAUGUAGCAAUUUCUAAAUUUUGAGCCAAAGGAAACCCAAGUCCAGGCUGCGGGACCAACGGCAAGAACUAAGACCAAGUGAUGCUGAGAAGUCUUUGGUUUAGAACCACGGAAAUCCUUAUUAGAUGUAGGCAAUCAAGCAAAUCAUAGCAUUCUACUGUAUACCACGCGACAGAUCACAAUGAUACCCGAAAAACAUAGUCAUAAUUGGUUCUGAACUCAUGGAUUCAUGUGUAGCGAGUAGAAAGAGUCUAAAUACGCAAAAUAAGCUAUAAGUGGGAAUAUCGGCAACCAACGCUAUCUCCACAAAGCUGAUAAUACGUUUCCAGAGCUUUGAAGACCACAAGCGUAACCGCAAUAAAAACCAAAGAAACAAUCCCAGCGUUUCCCCGUAACCUACGAGGAGCAUCGACAUCAAUCAAAGUUUCGCUUGGGUAGUGAGAUAACGCGCAGCCCGCAAACGCUUUAAUCACAGAGCUUCGGCACCGAGGAAAUCUGGAACCUCAGCGAGAAAAGUUGGCAGAAGAUACUUUGGCCGAGGGCUAAUAUUCCAGAGAAAACGAACCGUGGAACCGGAACGCUGAAGCUCGUCGAUUUCAACCGGAUUCCAUCAUAAACUAUUUAAGUGCAAAAGUAGAAUGAAGAAGAGUGAUUGAGUCUAGAACACUGAACUCGCAGUCUAGAAGGCUUGUUUCUCUUCUGCCAGGUGUCUGGAUCGAAGCAUGGCUAGCUACAGCCGCCUCGGCAAACCCGGAGCGUCGGGCAUGAUUUUCCUAAAGUGCCUACAAUCUAAUUUUAAGUGGCAACUUCUAGCUGCUCCAGGGGGGGGCAAAAGAGGUUUGAUAGUUGGGGCUAAGCUUGCAUGUCUUGUUCCAAACCAGGGCAAUUGGAGGCUGUUCCAAAAUGGCUUUAUAGUGCAAGUCUAUGUCUAGUUUGGUAAAUUACCUUAAACUUGCAGUUUUUAUCCUCCGAUUGAUGGUCUUACUGGUCUUCCAUCAAAAUCAGAAUUUGUUUUUUGUUUGUUUGUUUGUUUUGUUAGUGUCAUUGGUAAAAUGGAAAUAGAUUGUUGUUACGGCAAAAGUCAUAAACUGACCGUAGGUGAUAAAA